AUGGAUUCUGACAGCGAGUACGAAAGACUAUACGAAAGCUUCCAGCAGCUCCGGGACUGGCAACUCAUCCUGAAGCGCGGUCGCUCAAGGGUCCUCAGAUCGAAAAAGGACCCCGACGCUCGCGCCAAGUUCCUCGCCGACAACCCGCCGCCGAAGCAGGCUGUGGUCCGCCGUCCAGAAGAUGAUGUUCGAUGGGCCCUGCGCUUGCUGCCCGCCUACUGCACGCCGUCCGCAACACCAUGCUCCUCGCCGCGGGACUCUCAUCAUUCAUUCCUCACGAGCUUCCCCGCCGAGAUCCGCAACAUGAUCUACCAGUAUGCCGUCAACUAUCCCAGCUGCCGCAGUAUGUACGACGCGUACUAUAGCCAAGCGAAGCGGGCCAAGUGCAGACCAGUUUCUCGCGUCUGCCAUGAAGAUUGCAGCUGUGCUAAGAAUCCUGUCGGCAUCUUAGAACACCGCGCCCCUACCAUCCUGCUGCUCAGCAAACAGAUCACCAGGGAAGCCUUGACCGUCCUGUAUCUGCGCACAUUCACCAUCGACCGCAUCCCCCCCUGGAUCAUGGGCGAGAUGCAUCCGCGCCCCAUAACCGACUUCAUCAGCGAGGGCACACUGCAGAGCAUCCGAUUUGUGGAAAUCAAGGUCUCUUUAGGUGACAGCCACCAUGCUAAAAGCGGCCAGGUUUGGCUCCGGAUUCUGAAGGACGUCCUGGUAGCCUGGUCGAAGAAGAAUUCGUUAGUACGGAUCAAGGUCAUGUUCAAGGUCUCCAACGUCAAUCAUCGUGCGGUCUGGUACAGUGAGCUCAAAGACUACGACACGCUCAAGAAACAGAUCUACAACUUCGUGUUCAAACAUGGGCACAGGCUGAGCAUGCUUGACUAUGAGCACUGGGUGCUCGACCACGGCUACGCUUAUAGAACAGGCUUCAGGAAUCCGCUGAUCCGCAAGCAUCCCGACCCCAACAUUUGGCAAGGCAGUGUCCUGGAGUGGAUCUGA